AUGACAAGUAACCCUGGGCCGUCAGAGGAGAAGAAAAGUAAACGUCAAAAGGAACCAAAGAGCGAGGACUCCGAAAUCCUGCAAAAGAAAGACGCCUCUUUUACCGAAUCCUCUCCUGCACAACCCAAAAGCGAAACCCUGGACACCAUGCUGAAUGACACAAGCAAAGAGAUCAGCGCUUUGCUGUCAAAAUAUGCUCACAUUUUAAGUGAGAAAGCAGCAACGGAUGCUUCUUAUGUGAAGGAACUCGAUGAAAUCAUCGAAGAGGCUUCUUCCAUCGAACACCACUUAAUCUCAAAAAGAGAAAACGUCAGGCACCGGCUCUUUAUGAUCGCAGGCCCUAAGAAAAGUGAAAAUGCGUCACCCGGCAAAUGA